CACCAACCAACCAGAACAGCACACUUCAAACAUAUCCUUCACUAAAAAACAUGGCCAAGAGUGGGAAGAGCCCCAAGGGCAAGAAGAUCACCCUCAAUGUGGCCAAGAAUUGUAUCAAAAUCACGUUCGAUGGGAGAAAACGCCUCGACUUGAGCAAGAUGGGAAUCACCACCUUCCCCAAGUGUAUUCUGAAACUCAAUGACAUCGAUGAGCUCGAUCUUAGCCGGAAUAUGCUCAAGAGGAUCCCUGAUUCAAUCUCCAAGUUCCAGAGCCUACGGUGGCUGGACCUGCACAGCAACUACAUCGACAAGCUCCCCGAGUCCAUCGGCCAAAUGACUAGUCUGCUGUACCUCAAUGCCAGCAACAACAGGCUGACCACUAACGGGCUGCCCGUGGAGCUCAACCAGCUUAAGAAUAUCCGCACCGUGAAUUUAGGCCUGAACCACCUGGACAGUGUGCCCACCACACUGGGUGCUCUGAAGGAGCUCCAUGAGGUCGGGCUCCAUGACAACCUGCUCAGCGCCAUCCCCACCAGCAUCUCCAAGCUCCCCAAGCUGAAGAAGCUCAACACCAAGAGAAACCCCUUCCUCCAGCCAGAGGAGACGGAGGUCUUCUUAGAUUCCAUCAAGAGGCUGGAUAACUUAUAUCUGGUGGAGGCGAAGGAUCUGUGUGGGUCUUGCCUGAAAAAAUGCCAACAGGCCAGAGAUAAGCUGAACAAAAUCAAGAGCCUAGUCCCAGUGACACCGAAAAAGGCCGCCUUCACCAAUUUAAUCGCGCCCAACUCCACGGCCAAGGAGUCCCAGGAAGAAUGGAGGUGACCUUGUACCCUGACCCCGAGGCAGAAAGGGAACAGGGAGGGAGGAAAGAUGGCAAUGGGCUGCUUCCACAGAAAAUUGAGAGGUUGCCCCAUGACUGCAAUAAUGCUUUCAGCUAAGCCCAUAAAGUACUUUCCCUACCGUCUU